AUUGUUCCUUUUUGAUAUCAAGUCCCAUGGUUGCUUCUAGUAGAUAGCUUUCGUCUGGGAAACAAAUAAGUUGAACCAACAUAUAACUCUUCAAACUUUUUCCACCUACUUCUCACCAAAAUCUGAUGAAAACCGUUUUUUUAUUUUAUAAAUAGAGGUUUCCAGCACAAGUCUCUUCCUCACUUAAAACCAACAAGAACUAGUCAAAGCACACACAAUACAGCAGUAGUAGUAUUAGCACCAUGGCUCCUCUCAAGAACUCCUUUGUAACAUCUCUAGUCAUUGCACUUGCAUUCACAAGCUUCUUCACAGGCCUAUCUGCUCAUCGUCACCUUCUCCAGUCAACACCAGCGACUCAGCCUCCAGCUUUAACAGUCCCACCUCUGCCCAAAACCACUAUGCCGCCGCUUCCUUCUCUACCAACUCCAGCACAACAAACCCUACCACAGCCACAACCAACUCUACCACAGCCCACCGGGUUGCCACCAAUGCCGAGCACACAGAUACCUUCAUUGCCCAACCCAGUGCAGCCCACAAUCCCAAACAUUCCACAGGUCAGCUUCCCUAUUAUUCCCAGCAACAUUCCCUUUAACUUUCCUUUCAACAUUCCUUUCCUUACUCCACCACCUUCAAAGUAAAAAAAAAAAA